CCGCCUCCCACGAAUUGUGUAGUAGUGUCACUCUCUCUCAUAUUUCCUCCGCCAUUUCAUUUUUAGGGUUUUACGCACCUUCUCUUCUCACUCCCCUGCAACCCAAAACUCACUUUUUUCUCUCUCCUCCGCAACAAUGGCGGCACCCGCAGUCCAAGCUCCACGCUCCUCCGCAAAGGUCGAGACCUUCGUUGACAAUAAGCGCACCGAAGACAUCCGCCAGCAAAACAUGGCGGCAGGCCAAGCCGUCGCCGACGCCGUCCGCACCUCCUUGGGUCCCAAAGGUAUGGACAAGAUGAUCCAAACUGCUUCUGGAGAAGUAAUCAUCACCAACGAUGGCGCUACCAUUCUCAACAAAAUGGAUGUUCUUCAACCUGCCGCAAAAUUCCUCGUACAACUCUCCAAAUCUCAGGAUACUGUUGCUGGUGAUGGCACUACUACUGUUGUUGUUCUUGCUGGUGCGCUUCUUAAGCAGUGUUCUCUCCUUCUUUCUCAUGGGAUUCACCCUACCGUGAUAUCUGACGCGCUCCACAAAACUUCCACUCAUGCCGUUCAUGUUCUUACUUCGAUGGCGGUGCCGUUGGAGCUUUCGGAUCGGGAUUCGCUUGUGAAGUCUGCCUCUACUUCGUUGAAUAGUAAGGUUGUAAGUCAGUAUUCUUCUUUAUUAGCUCCUCUUGCUGUUGAUGCUGUUUUAUCUGUUGUUGAUCCUGAGAAACCUGAUAUGGUUGAUUUGAGAGAUAUUAAGAUUGUUAAGAAACAUGGCGGAACUGUUGAUGAUACUGAGUUGGUUAAAGGGUUGGUUUUCGAUAAGAAGGUUUCCCACUCUAGUGGUGGGCUUACUAGGAUGGAGAAUGCCAAGAUUGGUGUGAUUCAGUUUCAGAUUUCUCCUCCUAAAACUGAUAUCGAGCAGAGUAUCGUUGUUUCUGAUUAUACCCAAAUGGAUCGGAUUCUGAAGGAGGAGAGGAAUUACCUUUUGGGGAUGAUUAAGAAGAUUAAGGCUGCUGGGUGUAAUGUGCUUUUAAUUCAAAAGAGUAUUUUGAGGGAUGCCGUCACCGAUUUGGCGCUUCAUUACUUGGCUAAAGCGAAGAUAUUGGUGAUUAAGGAUAUCGAGAGGGAUGAUAUCGAGUUCAUUACCAAGACUUUGAACUGUUUGCCUAUUGCGAAUGUCGAGCAUUUUAGAGCUGAGAAGUUGGGUCAUGCUGAUAUGGUUGAGGAGGUAUCUGUUGGGGAAUCUAAGAUUGUGAAGAUUACUGGGAUUAAGAAUAUGGGAAGGACUACAACUGUUCUUGUUCGAGGAUCGAACCAGUUGGUUUUAGAUGAGGCUGAGAGGAGUUUGCAUGAUGCUUUGUGUGUUGUGAGAUGUUUGGUGAGUAAGAGAUUUUUGAUUGCUGGUGGUGGGGCUCCAGAGAUUGAGCUCGCAAGGCAGCUGGGGGCAUGGGCCAAGUCUCUUCAAGGAAUGGAAGGAUACUGUGUUAAGCAUUUUGCCGAAUCUCUUGAGGUUAUCCCGUAUACUUUGGCUGAAAAUGCAGGUUUGAACCCAAUUUCAAUUGUUACCGAAUUGAGAAACAAGCAUGCUCAAGGAGAGAUCAAUGCCGGAAUCAAUGUAAGGAAGGGGCAGAUCACUAAUAUCUUAGAGGAGAAUGUGGUGCAGCCAUUGCUGGUCAGUACAAGUGCAAUCUCCUUGGCAACAGAGUGUGUUAGGAUGAUUUUGAAGAUUGAUGAUAUAGUUACUGUGCGGUAGACUUAUGUGGUAUGAUUUUGCUGAUCAAUGCCAAUUCGUUUCUUUUAUUUUUGCUGUUUUAGGAUUUUGAUUUGGCACUGUGCUGUCCACAUGAUUAGCUAUGGUUUUAUUGUAAAAUUUUGAGUGCUGCUCUCUGCUGAAGUUUACUUUUACUUUCGAUUUAUUAUGUUUGCUGAAGAUCUUUUUAUGUGCAUCUGAGUUUAAUCAGUUUUUAGGUUAGUUCUCUUGGUUACUAGAAGAUAUAGUCUCGUUUCUCUCCUCAGAUGUGGAUUGUAUUGAUUCUGACGCAAAAAAUCUCUUUAUGUUGUGUGUUACGAAGUUUGUGCUUCAUAUUCCUUAAACA